CUGCCGCGGCUCCAGGCGCCCCCCCCCAUCGGCGCGCAGGCGCCGAGCGGCAGGCGCCUCGAGCCCGACCCGCCCCGAGCCGUGGCGGCGCGGAAGCGCGGCACGAUGGCCGAGCCUCCGGGGGCGCCAGGGGCCCCGGCGGCGGCGCCGCAGCGGAGGCGGGUUGGGGCGAUGCUCAGCGCCUACUACGGCAUCGACGUCACUGGCGGCGCCGCAGCGCAGGCUUCGGCCCGACCAGCGAAGCCGAUCGACCGAGAAGGCUUCGACGCCAAGCAGCACUUCGAAUCGGUGGUCAGCACGGGGCUAGUCGUUGACGUUGUUAAGCAGGCCAACGAGCUGGAUGAAGAGGUCCGCGAUCUAGACGGCGACAACCAGAUGGUGGCGUACGAGAACUACAGCAAAUUCAUCCGAGAGACCGACGUGAUCAAGCAGAUCAAGACCAGCAUGGAUGAGCUGAAGCCAGACCUCGGGCGCCUUGAGCAGAGUUUCGAAAAGAUCAUUGCGGGCCAGCGCAAGGUGGACGCCGGGGUCUCUGGUAGGGCCCAUGAGAUCGAGGCCUUGCUUAAGCAGCAGGCCCUCUUUAGCAAGCUGAAGGUUCUGAUGGACCUGCCGACGACGCUGGCGAAGUGCUUGGAAAAAGAGUCCUACAGCAACGCUUGCCGGGCCUACAGCUGCUGUGCGCCCUUCCUCCGGCAGCACAAGGGAAUCCCCGCCUUCCAGAGGAUCAUCGAGGACGUGGAGCACCAGAUGAGCCGCAUCCGAAGCGCUCUCAGGGCCCGCCUCAAGUCCCCCUCCACCCCCGUCGACGAGGCAGUGAACGGUUCGCUGACGCUGCUCGACUUGGGCGAGGAUUAUGCCAAGAUCACCAGAGAGUUCCUGCAGGGCAGGACGGCCACGCUGCAGGGGGUGUUGAGCGAGUCGUCUGCCCCUGCGGCAGACAGCGGAAAGCCGGGGGCGGUGCUUCAGAGUGCUUCCACGGCGGCGGCCGAGAGGUACCUGCCGGUAAUCCGCGACACGAUUGUAGGCAUGCGCAAGAUUCAGGGCACGCUGCCGGCCUCCGAGGUCGAGGCCGCAGACGGAAGCGCUCUGCCCGACUUCGUGGCCGCCAGGCUGGAGGAUCUGAGCGACCGCAUUGGCCGGCACGCCGAGAAGAGAGACGUACCAGUGGACACGCUCGUCGAGUGCAUGCAGGUCCUGAGAGCCUCUCUGGGCCAGCUGGAGCCGCUCAUGCCGGAGCUGGUGGCCAGGCUGACCCAUGAGCUCCUGGCUCACCAGGCCGGCCUCGGCAUCGGAGGGCUCUUCUCUGCUGCCGUCGUGGCCGCGGCCGCCGAGCUCGGCCGGCUGCGCUGCGAGUGCCAGCGGCUGGAGGAGUCCAAGAGCCGCAGCGUGGACGGCCUCCUGGAGGAGGUCGGCAGCGCGGAGCGCGCCCUCGCCUCCGGGGUGCAGCAGGCGGUGCAGCUCUGCCAGCCCCUGCUGAGCGCCACUGCUCUGAUCAAGCCCCAGGAUGGACGUGCCGCCAAGCAGCUCGUGAGCACCCUGGACAGGCAGCUGUCCGAUCUGUGCUCCGCCCUCGCCGAGGCCUGCCGCGCCUGCGCCGCCGGCGGCGCCGCAGACCCGGUUCGGCGCCCCGAGCUGGAGGCGCUGGCCAAGCUGGACCGCGCGGGCGGCCUCUUCAGCCUGGCCCUGCUGGCGCUGGGCAGGCGGCUGGAGGAGAAGGUCUUCGGCGGCGCCUGGGCGAAGGCCAGGGACCUGUGCGCGGACCUCGACUCGACGGCCGCCGAGCUCGCGCCCUGCCCGGCGCUCCUGGCGGCCACCAGGUCGGCGAGCGAGGCCGCGAUGGCGCGCUACGUCGCCACGUGCGCAGAGCGCCUCGGGGGCAUCCUCCGCGACGCCAUGAAGGGCCGCGAUUGGAAGUCGUCCUGGGAGCUGGACGGGCCUAGCCUGGUCCUCGAGAUGGUCUUCAAGGAGAAGUCCACGCCUGCGACCUGCAGCUCGGGCGCGUGCUGGCGGACCGCGGAGGCCGCGGGGAGCCGGCCACCCGGCGGGUCUACGACCGCAACCGGACCAAGGAGAGGUGGAGCUGGGGAUGCAGUGGGCGAAGAAACAGCAGGAGUCCCCAGCGGUGCCACUCCGCCGGAGACCGGCGCAGUCGCGGGCAUAUUGCAGCUGGCCUUCGGGACGCUCGACGAGUGCGUCCGCGGCGAGACGUUUGGCCGCAGCGGGCUGCAGCAGGUCCAGGUGGAUUGCGAGAUGCUUGCAGAUAUCUCCAGGGACUUCGUGGAGGAGUGGGAGGACGCGAGCGUACUCGAGAACGCACUCAGGGAGGUCAUGGAGCUCGCCAAGAAGAACUGUUCAGACCCAGUCUUAAUGGAGACCUCAGUAGUGGAGCAGCUUUGCGAUCGGAAGAAGAAGGCUUGGCGAGUAGACUGA